CGUGUGUACCCUGUUAUAUCGGUUAACGUGGACUGGUCUAGUUUACGCUGACAGUCAGAUUUGAUGCAUGUCAUGUGUGUAUGGGCUAUUAGCGAAUCCUGUAAGCUUGCGGCAGUAUCCACGCCGUACCUGAACGGCCUCUUCAUAUUUGCUCGUGCAGAAUUCACACCUGUGAAUGGCCGUCAAAAACUGGAGACAGCUAGUCCACAAUAGAACUGAAGUGGUGGAGAAGCUGUGGAGAGCAGGGGAGAUAACUCUGAGUGAUCUGGAUCGUCCCAUUGUGUGGUACUAGCUGUCAGAAAGGUUAGAGGAAGACUAGAAAAUGGAUACAGAGUCUGAUUCUGAUACUGGCUGGGAAAGUAACUCAUUCGCAAAUAGAGUCAUUCGCUCUCCAGUACUUAGGGCAAAAAACAGAGAUAAUGAGUCAAACAUGAAUUUGAACGUGGUGAAAUCAGUGUCAGAUAAGCUUUCCUCACACCUGCAGAGUGAUCUACCCCAGAGCAUAAUGAGUUCUCACAGCACAGGUAAUGGUUCUGUGGAAAGUAAUUCUGGUCAAAGACAAGAAUGUCAUGUGGACAAUUUCUCUGAAAUGCAACAUCCAGUAGUAAUGGAGAGAAAUUUUGACAAUUCCACGCAGCAAGAACAUGUCACAUGUACUACAAGGAAAGAAAUGGACAAUUCGAGGAUCGAGUGUCUCAUUUUACACCGACUGCCGGGGGAGAAGUUGGGCAUGAUUCUGAGUGUCAUUGGGGACAAGGGUAACAGAGAAAAAGUGAAAGCAGUGAGGGUGCGUAGUGUGACCAUGGGCGGUGCUGCUGAGAGAGCAUCAGGAGGCUCCCGAGGGGUGGGUGUCGGUGACCAAAUUUUAGAGAUCAAUGGCCUGGACUUGCACACUUUGACGUACGAUGAAUGCGUGUCUGUGUUCAGGGAAAUGCCGCUGCAGGUGUUCAUGCUGGUAAAGCGAGGAAAAAGCAUUCCUCAAAACUUCCCAGAAGGAGAAAUAGGUAGUACUCAUGUGGAAGAUAUUCUGUCAUCUCCUCCAAAGGGGUUCACUCUACAUACUGUCCACAUACAGAAGAAGUUGAAGGAGCCACUUGGCCUCAGCAUUGUCCCCAGUUAUGGAACCACUAAACAUUUCUACCAGAUAAAACGUCUCUUGGGAAGUGGACCCUGUGCUAAAAACUGUCACUUGUGUGUUGGAGAUCGUCUGCUUUCCUAUAACAACACUUCCCUCCAGAACCUUGUCCAGUCAGAAUGUAUGUCUAUUCUGAAGCAGCCGAAUGAAAACGUGACAUUUACCCUUCUGAGGCCUGCCAACAGCGGACAGCGGCUGCGGAUUAGUGUGAACACAAGCAGGAGGAAAGACGUCUCAUGGUAUUCAUCAGGGUUGGACAGUACCUCAGACACCACUGAUUCUGACACAGAAGGCAGCUUAACCAAUUCCGAGGAGGAGAGUAGUGAUCGGUCUGCAGAGCUAUCAGUGAACAAUUUAGAGAACUACCACCAGCCAGAACUUAAUGAGGUGUUUAGCCACAGGCAAUUCAAAAUAGCUUACGCUGAACCGACUUUAGGCUCACAUUUGACACCCAUUUCAACCACGUCUGUUGGAUCUGAAACGCCAACAUCAAAAAGAGAGGUUCAUCCUUUUUAUACACAUGGAUUACCUGAAUCUUUGAAAAUGACUGAUUCAUCAGCUGAGAAAAUUGAGCGCCAUGAUGCUGCUGUGAUUGUGCAGCCUUCAGAUUUGGACUGGUUAGAUUCUUUGAACAAUGUGAAGAGUAAUGCACAAACAGCAGAUCAGUCUAAUGCACAAACAGUAGAUCAGUCUUCCGUCAGGAUUACCUCUCAAACAGCAGUAAGUUCAAAUGACAAUGGCCCGCUAUUAGACUUUUGCGAUGAUUUGGUGAACAUAGAGCCUCAGGGAACCAAACAGUCUGUGAGUAUGUCAAAUUCACAGUUACCUCCCCCUGCAGAGUUUGCAGAUAUGUCCCAUCAUGCAUCUGGUGAAAUGUCGAACCAGAAUGGACAUGGAGAUAUUUGGGAAAGUGCCUUUUGUGAAACGGAAUUUAUCACUGAAGCUGAUAAUGAUGUGCCAGUGACAAAUAUUGAUGACUUGUUAGAAAAGACUCAGGGAAUCAAUCAUCAGACCAGCCCUUCUGAAGGGGACUCUGGUUUAUUUUCUGAAUCAUCUGCUUCUGAAAACCUGUUGGAUUUUGAAAGAAUACAAACACCUGCUGUAGCGCAUGAAAGACUGUUUUAUCAACCCCCACAAGAAAACACUUCUGGUUAUAAACAAGGUUCAGAUUUAGGAGAUCUUUCGGGUGCUAAUACAGAAUCUGAGGUAGAGCAAAUCCUCAGUGGAAGAGUGGUAGGUGCUACAGACGGAGAUGAGGAGGAAUCCCUGUCGACAUUCUCAAGCCACUCGGGAUCCACUGUUAUCCACAGAACUGGUAGUGCCUAUGAAGAAGUUGAGGAUAGCAACAAAGAUGUUAUGAAAGAUGAAUCUGAGCCUCAGGAUAUGAAAACAGAUUCCACUUCAUCUCACCCAGAUGAUGUGAAACACUCAUGUCUUGAUCAUGCCCCAAGUAAUGAGGAAAUCAUCACCUUGUCUGUGACAGAGUCAGAGACUUGUGCACCGGACCAGAAUUUCCAAGCAAAUCUUGACGGAGAGGCUGUUUCUUUGUAUACUGGUGAAUCUGUGAAUGACAGGGAGUCGCCAUUACCCUGUGAGCCAUGCAUUGUGGAAGAACACAUGGUUACAGCUCAGCAGAGUCAGCAGAGAGAAGGUGUUUCAUUGGAAGACAGUGAACCUGCCAGCUGCGUGGAAGAUUACAUAACACCUAUCCAUGCUCCAAGAGACAUUGUAAUCAACUUGGAAGGGGCCUCUGAUGUGCAAAUUCCACCAAGAUCUUUACCUGAUAAAACAGUUUUACCUGAAUUAGUGGACAGCUUAGUAGAAGUUUGCAAUGCAGAUGAUGGGAAAGCAUCGCUGAAGCAAGAGGAAGAAACCAUGAGUGUUUCUGUACAGGAAGAGUUGAUAAUACCGUCAGACAAAGCAAAGGAGCUAAAAGCAGAAAUGUCUCCUACACUGCAGCAGACAUGUGCUAAUCAUGGGUCAGCUGAACAAAAUGUAUCAGUUGUGCAAGUUUCAGCUUUCAUUGAGCAAACACAAAAAUAUGAUUCUGAAGAUGCUGCCAAAUUCUCUGUUCCGAGCAAACAGGAAAAUGAAAGGAACUCGGAGGUGAUCAUUCCAGUGAAAGCCCCAAGACGGUCACCUCCUGUAAGUUCAAAAGUGGAUGACAUGGAACAUGAACUACUUAAAAAGGAAGCCAUGCCUAACUUAGUGGAUUCAUUGGUACAAAAUUUGGAUGAGAAAGAGAAAAAUGACGAGUUCCUGAAAUCAGGCCAAAUACAAACGGGUACAGCAGCUGCAGAGGAGGAAAGCAUCAUUCCUGUACAAGCCUUAAGAGAAUCUGGUUCUGUGGUAGCGGAGGAGAAUGAGACAAAAGAUAACCAGAGUUCCACGGACUUAACUUUAACUGUUGAUGAAGAAUUGGUGACACCAACAAGUGGAGUAAAUGAUAAUGUAGGUGAACGAUCAAAUAAGGGAGAUGCAAUUGAUGAUAAAGCACAGCUAAGAAAUAGUAAUUUAAUGUUUAAUCGUCCAGAACCUUCUCACAGUAAACGCUCUGAUAUGGAGGUUUCUAAUAAGGACCAGACAAAUAAAAGCCGUAAGUCCAGGCGGGAUGAUCCAGAUGUCAUUGUCCCAGUAAAAGUUCCCAGGCGGCCUGAUGCUACUGAUUCAAUUGCUGCAGAUAUGACAGUUAGUGGCCAACCAAAAGAUGAAGUAUUUCCCAAGUUAGUGGAUUCUCUGGUCCAACAUUUAGAAGGUAAUGGACAAUCUCGUGUUGUUAAUUCAGCUGAACAAACAGGUGUUCUUGUGCAGGAGGAUAACAUUGUGCCAUUGGCAGUGCCUAGAGAAUCUGCUUCACCACCAGUUGAUGAAAUGUUUCUCAAUGAAGUGGAAGAUGAUGAUGUUCAGACAACUAAUGUAUGUGAUGUAAUGAUUGAUAUAAGUGCAUCAAGUGAAUUGGUCAAACCUGAUGACAGUUCUGUGGCCUUAAAUGGACACCAUGAAUCUGCCAACAGUUUUGUUUCUCCACAAUCGUUCAAUCCAUCAUCUACCUCAUUGAUCUCAAGUCAACAAGAAUCUUCCGAGACCCCUAAUCUUGCAAACAAUCAAACCAAUGGUAUGAAGAAUCAGGGCCAUCUCGAAAAUAUUUUACCGGUUAAAGCUUCCAGACGUAGCCCAGACACGAAAAACACAGAAAUUGAGAAGGCAGAAAAAGUCAACAGUCAGCCAUUUGUGGACCAACUUGUUACCCAACUUGAAUCUGCUGAUAAACACUUCACAACGAAAUUAGAAAUAACCGAACCAGCAGUUGUGAUAAAGGAGGAUACGAUUGUUCCUGUGACAAAGCCUAUGGAGCAAGCCCGAGAAACACCUAGUCUUAAUGACAGAGGUAUAGAGGCGCAUGCUCUUUCAUCUGAUAUCAAAAUAAUCCCGGUUGUGGUAAAAUCAGUAGAUGUUAAAACUGAGAAAUCACCAGCAGAAACAAACACUGACACUCCAUCGUUGUCCACAUCUGAUGGAAUUACUGGGGAAAAAUCAGAUGAGGUUAGACCUGAGCCUUUAAAGCCGAAAAACAUUGAGGAAUCAUUACGAGAGUCUCCAAAAGAAGAAAAUCUCAUAACUUCUACAGAGAGCAACUCCGGAGUCUCCAGAAAUAGUUCUACUCUGCCGCCAGCCUUGGCUCCAGUAACUGUAGCUGAUCAUUCUGUCUCAAGGAGACUCCCAAGCAUUAAAGCCUUCACAGCGAGGGGUUUCACACCAAUCAAAUUGAAUUCUUUGGGAUCUUCCUCAGUGAUAAAAACUGUAAGUCUGGACAGGUCAAAGAUCAACAGGCUAUCUGGUGCAAACAUUCAACCAGCACCUGUUCCGUCUUUCAAGCUGGCUGAAAUUAACAAGCGGUCAGAGACGGGUCCAUUCCAGAUUGACCUUCUCUCAGGAAUUCUUGGAUUAGGCAUCAAGGUGACGAGGAAGCCUGAUGGCUUUUAUAGGAUUUCUGACAUUCAAAGAAACAGCCCUGUUGAGAAAAGUGGCCAUAUAAGGGUUGGGGAUUACCUGUUGAGCGUCAAUGGAACAGAGAUCACUGGCCUUCCCGACACAAAGGUGCAGCAGAUACUGAGGCUUUUACCCAGAGGGAUUAUCAAACUAGUUGUGUCUACUAAACCAGUAGAAAAAGAAAAGACAGAACAAGAGUCAUCCGAAUCAUUCAGUAAUGAUAACCUCAAGCCACAGGAGAGAUUUGAUGAAAGCAGUGGACAGAAAGAAUUUCAAUCAGAAGUCUCUUGGAGUGCCAGGCACAAGGCGAAUUCUUUUUCAAGUUUGUCAGCUGGCAAAGAGUCGUUAGAUUCUGCGGAUGGCAGUAUUUCCACCUCUUAUCUCCGGGCAGGUGAGAAAGAGACAAGUGCUGCAGUUCAGAAUUCAGUACCAAAGAUUAAUAUUCCAAGGGAGGGAUCAGAUUCUGCCUCAAAACUGGAAGGGACAUUUUCUAUUCGUAAAGUGGAAAUUGUUGAUCCUGAAUGUGGCAGUACUUCACCAAAGAAAAUGGUACCACCACCGGUAAUGCCAAGACGAAGAGGUAGAUCAUCAGAUGAAUUAAGUCUGAAUGUUGACAUUGCCCAGAAAGAAGCCAUUGAACAACAGCCCAAGGAACAGGAGAGUGAAGGGUCAGUGGAGGUUAAAGCAUUUCCAGUAAUGGUGCGGCCGAGUGCUUCACCACGUACAUCAAUAACCAGCCCCAAGGGACCCCCACCGCCUGUGAUGCCAAGAACACGGCCAAGAAGCCAGACAUCAGAAAGUGACAGCCCUAGAAGCCUUUCAUUUGAGUCGUGCUCUCCACUGCAGAGCCCAAGAACACCCGACACAAAAGAUGUAUUAGAAUCAAACAGGAAACCAUCGAGCGUCGCUAAACAGUUUGGAACAGUGAAGUCGCCAAUGAGCCGAAAAAUGUCAGGUCUUAUCGAUAAAUUUCAGCAUGAGGAGGUAUCGCCUGUCUCACCAGAAUCGGACAAAGUCUUCUCACCUCGAAUGUCUUUUGAGAAUUCCAAUUCAGGGAAUGACUUGCGCAAACAUUUUUCAUUUUCUGUAUCAGAAGAACCUAAACCGGAAAUGAAGGCUGAGAUGUCUCCAAAACCACCUCCAAAAGUUGCUCCUAAACCGAAACGAAAGUCAGGAGAAAUCAAAUGCAGCCAAAGUGAACCGCAGAGUCCUAGUUCUACUGAAUCUGGAUCGAAAGAACCACCUGGGGAAAAAGAAAUUGAGACGGAGAAGAAAUCAGCAUUGUUUGCUUUGACGUCUAAAGAAAACAAACAUGAUAAGAGUUCAAAUAGUGGAGUAAAAUUGACGACUCGACCUCAUAGCGUGGAGAGUGGACUAAAAUUGACGACUCGACCUCAUAGCGUGGAGACAGUAUUCAACACCCGAUCACUUAUGUCUACGUCAUCUUUAACUAGAUUAAAAGGGUUACAGAUUCCUUCCAAGCCCGUGGAACCUGCAGAUGUUAAUCAUCCAUCAUCAACAUCGCAGGUCAAUCCCUCGAAACUGGCACCAGCAUUAAGACCAAGGAGUGGCCCUGCCGCAUUCACCAGAACACAGCCAAAAAUACAUCAGGUGUCGCCUAAACUAAACCUAAUGCCGAUAAAACUCCGGACAGACUCCAAUGACAGUUCAAAUAAACCAGUUGAAAAAGUAGAAUGUGCAAACCCACCACAUGUAAUCGAUUUUCAGGACAAACCUUCAGGCAAUCAGGCGAUUUUGACUGAUGGAGAGACACUGUCUGUGAGUGCAACCUACCAUCAAAAUGUAGAAACGGAAGCACGGUCCUCUGCAGUGCUAAGUCAAAGUGAAUCUGUUAUUAAGACAGAUAAAAACAAGGAAGACAAACCCCCAGAAGGUGUGAAGGAGCUAUCACUGGUUAUAGACACAAAACCGGCAGAUGACAGCAAAAAGCUUCAUGAAGAUUGUAAGAGAAUUCCCCAGAAAAGUUUGCAUGGUGCAAUUAGCCCUGAGGCCAAGAUUGUCGAUGACAGCAAAGCUCUCAAGGACAGCGUACAAGAUAGCACAGAAAUGAACAUAUCUCUGAAUGACUCUCGUGAGAGGGUUGAUGUAGACAGAAUUGAGACGCCUUGCAGCUUUAUUGUUUCUGAAAGUGACGAAUCUAAAAAUAGCAAUUUGAACAAUAAAGAACAGGUUGUAAGCUCUUCAGAGCACCCAGAAAUACCGGUUUUCGAGAAGUUUGCAGAAGCAGUAUCAAGUGAUGUAAUUGACAGCUCUCUUCUGACAGCAUCUAAUUUGAUGGACGGCCAGGCGACGGAACCGAACGAACCAGACAAAGUAAGUUUAGAUUCUGUACCCAUUGAGAACAAACCUGAAAGAGAAGUAGUGGAAGCAAGAUUAGUAGCAGAUGAUGGACCUUUACCAGAUUCACAGAAUUCCGCUGCAACUAUAUCAGUGGAGGUGGACAUGUCGAAUACUGAACCUUCAUUUGCACUGAAGACUAAUUCUCUCCUAGAGACCAUAGCAACCGAUGUGCCGUCAGACGGCAACGAUUCCUCAUCAGAGCACGACUCAAUUAUACCGCUGAAGCGGUCAGAAGAUGACAACACCACAGUACUGGUAGAAGGGAGCCAAUCACCAGUGAUGGUUUUACCAUCAGAGACGAAUAACGUUGUCAUUGAGGCUGGAAAUUUGGUUCUGAACAGCAAGACAGACACUGCAAUAGGGGAUGGGGUAUCUCAGGAAGGGCUGCACUUAUCAAGCAGCAAAAGUACUAAUGACAAAGAAAACGUGGAAAAACCUGGAAAAUUAAAAAAUGGUUCAGUUAUGGUGUCCUCAACAGUUGAACCCGAUACGCAAACGCUGUCUUCAAUGACAAAUGACGAGGACUCCGACUUCCCUCCAAGUUUUCCAAGCUCUGCUCCUCCACCUCUGCCGUCUUCCCCACCUCCGGAUUUGGUCACCGACUUAGGGAGCCCACCACUCCAUGCUGAACCGUCUGUGAUAAGCUCAUCGGAACCCAGGCCGCCAUUAGCCCUAAGACGUCAUCAAGAUGCAGUACAUACCACCUCUUUACAGAUAGCAGAUUACAGCAAUGUGAAUAAUUCCCCUACAUCCCCUUCAAACGUUUCACUUUCCAUCGGCGCUGUUUCGAAAGAAGAGCCGUUAACAACUGAUGUCUCUCUGGAAUUUCAAGACGAAGAUCUUGUCGCAUCUACGCCAUAUGAAGAUGACAAAAGCCUUAUCGACACCAUUCAGCCAUCGUUUCCGGAAAACGGCACCGGUACAAUGCAGAGCACAAAAACUCCAGGUGCUGACGUGGAUAGUUUGUCAAAAAAGCACAACACAACUGUCUGCGUACCCUCCGAUGUGUCGACCAGUGCGGGAAAAGACAAAAGUAACCAUGACAGGGAAAGCACUGACAAAACCAUCACCGCUGCUGUGGCUGUGUCGCCUGACAUCUCUGGUGUACAAAUCGACCAAAGCAAUGAAUACAUCGUACAGAAAAGCCAGACAGCUCCGACUGCCGUCACUUUGUCGUCUGACAUUUCUCCCAUCCCACCGGCGGAACAGAGUACUGGUCAUACCGUGCAGGGAAGCGAAACUGCUGCCCCUGUCGUCUCGAUGUCCCCAGAUACUUCCCUCAUUCCACAAACCAAAGAAGGCAAUGGCCAUGUCGACCAGACAAGACAAAACAUUUCCCCCACCGUCACAGCGUCCUCUGAAAUCUCUCGGCACCCAGUGACUGACCAAAACAAUGGCCACAUCGUACAAGCAAGCCAAUUCUCCACCAACACGGCGGCAUCUUCCAACCGCCGUAAGGUAACGGUGAUCUCCAAGAGGCCGGAACAGUCCGGUGCUCUCUUUAGUUCUGAUAAGCCAUUCUUACCGCCUGAUGAGCUCUCAUCUCUGCUGAAUAAAGCCAACGAAACCAUGGAAAAGACAGGCGCUAAUGACGAUGAAAUCGUACUUGUGGUUCUCCACAAAGACAUCGGAGAGAAAGUUGGCCUGUCCUUCAAGCACGGGCUCAAGAACGAAAUUUUGAUUUCUGACAUUGAAAAGAACAGCACAGCUGGAAAAGACGGACACAUAGAGAUUAAUGACCAGUUACUCAUGGUGAAUGGUAAGACUGUAGAGGGCCGCUCCCCACACGACGCCCGGGUCAUGUUAAGAACCAGCCGGGAGCAGCUAGUUUUGGUCCUGGCUCGUAGCUCAGGUGAAAGCCACCCUACGAAAGAGGAAACCCAAGGUCAUAUGGAGGAUACAAACCCCAAAACGCAAGAGACAACAAGAUUGAGACGCAAUCAUGUGAGGGCGGAAGGGAAGGAUUUGGUGUCUACGGACCUUCCACGACGUGUGUCUCCGGAGAAAGCCACAUCUCCCAGCCCAGAGAGAAAUACUGUGAGGUCUAGAGCUGUGAGAUCGUCAGUCAGUCCAGAGAAAACUGCAGUCACAGGAGUUGAGAGAGAUCCAUCAACUAUGGAGACAAUAGAAGUGACCAUGAGCAAAGGAGUUACCGGCCUUGGUUUCUGUUUGGAGGGCGGCACAGGAUCGCCGCUAGGGGAUAAACCAAUCCUCAUUAAGCGACUGUUUAAAGGUGGAGCGGCCGAUAAAUGCGGACUUUUGCGAGAGAAGGAUGAAAUCUUGGAAGUCAAUGGCAAAAGUUUCCAAGGAUUACGCCAUUACGAAGCCUGGAACUAUUUGAAAUUUCUGCCGUCUGGGGAUGUGAAGAUGAUAAUUCGGCGAUAGCGAAGGACUUCUGAACAAAACUUGUACCUUGAUCGAUCUCCUUUGUUAAUGAAACCCUCCAUCAGCCAUUGAAAAAACGUUCAUGUAGUCUCAAAGCCGCCUUUUUACCCGCUCAACUGACGGGUGGGUCGUUUAAAUAGGAGUUGGAAAGCGGAUGUUGGGCUUGCGAUACAGCUGUACUGUUUGUCAUGUGUGAGAACAGCUGGAAGUCUUCUUAUAAACGCCACUCUUCAUCUCUGUCGUAGCUGCUUAUUUUUAAGAUUGCUUUGUAAACAUAACAAAUGUAAUCUGAUAGAUGGUGCUAACAUACCAGUGUGUAAUUUCGCCGUUUGUCUACUGUCAUUUUCGUCUUGCAUAACUUGCACCUGUUUGAUUUUAAUUCUUGAUUGAUGUUUACCGCCGAACACCAGAACUCACCUUCACCACGUUCUCAUGCGUGGUAGCGGUCACUAUAGCCAUUAACGUACUUGCAAGUAAAAGUGUAAUAAUACUCAGUGUAAACUCUAUAUAGCCAGGUGUGCAUUCAAACCAGAACAUGUAUCCACCACCUAUCUUACUUGUCGAUAUACACUGUAAACAGAACACGUCACGACACAACACAUUAUAUUAUAUGAAAAGAAAAAUGAACAAUUUGGUAAAGUGAGACUUUCCUGGCGCACAUGCUAGAACUAUUUAUGUAUAAAGUCAGAAAUUUGACUUUUUAAUAUAUUCAUAAUCUGUUGACCUCUGUUUAGUUACGAUUGUUGUUUAUCGUGAAUUGUGUUUGUGUUAUCUGUACAAUUGAAGUCCAUUACCUAGAAGUAUGCAACUUCCCUAUAGCUGGUCUCCAUGGCUCUUUACACUUUUCUUCGACUUCUAAUACAUUAUGUAAGUGUGUGCGCAGCCAUGUAUUUUCUCAAUAGCGCAGCACACUUUUGAGAAACGGCUGAUGUAUGAUGGGUUUCAAAUGCGGUUGUCUAGAAAUGGACUUAAAAAAAUACAACAACGGAAUGUUUUGUAAAAGGGCAACAAUGUUUUUGAUAGUAAUUGUUGUAUAGUUGCUUGGAAAUAUAGAAAUAGUCAAUGUGUUCUUAACUGCAUAGCAACAAUGACCAGCGAAAUCGUUGCUUUUAAAUACUAAGUUUCGGUCUCAAGGUGCGGCCAGUUUUUGCAGGUGUAGCAGCCGUUUACAGUUAGAUUUCCCGUAAUUCAGUGCACAGUUUUCACCCAAGAAGUUGGCAUAUUUCUCCACCAGAUGGCGCGAGCUUUUACAGAUGACGUAAUAUGUGUACUCUGCCGUGGAGACUAGCUAUACGGAAGUUCUACACUUUUAGGUAGUGAACUUCUGGUUAUACAUAUAGCAUUACUAAGUAUAAUAUGUAUUCCACUAUAGCAUUAUCGUUUGUUACAGACUACUGUCAAAAUCCAUACGUUAGGUAGAUCAUUAUACCAUAAGCAUAUUCAUACGGUGCAAUUAUCUAUGGGCUAACCUCUAAUAUGUAAAUAUGUAAACUUUUACAAAUAUCCGCAUAAUGAAUUUUUAUUUUCAUGAACUCAGCACAAAAAUAUUUUAUGAUAUUCAAUGAAAUGCAAAGCCAUGAUUGCAUUUAUUUAAGUUGGAAAACUUUCAGAUGUUCAGUUUAAUCAUGGAAUGUACAAGUAUUUAUUAUCAGUGUUCUAAAUGCAGGUGAAAUCUAUUGUCUGUCAGUCUCCUUAUUAAUAUUUAACUGUAUUUACUCUGAGCUGUAAUAACCUAACCAGAUACUGCAGAGUUAUAAUUCUUAAUUGUUUUGCUUUCAUCGUUGCUGUAUUAUACCAAUGUAUAUAGCUAUUUUGUACAUUUUGUAUAGGAACAAACGCUUCUACUUAAUCGCAAUAACCGUCGUUUAUGGAGAGAUGUAAUACGUAGGCUGAGCGGUGUAUUGUUUUCAUGAUUGAUGUAGUCGUCCUCACUAUGCUAACCUGCCCCAGACUUGCCAGUUUGUUGUCGCUUAUGUGUGGCAGUUAGCCCAGUUGCCCCAUUCAGGACACUAGGCCCAUAUUGCUUUUUCUGCUGAUUUGUUAGGGCAUUUUACCAACACUGUUGAGUUGACCUGAGAAGAUGGCGUUUUUUACCUGCACAAAUAAUGGAAUUCUCCAUGAUAAUUCUUAUGUAAGAUCAUUUUUUAUAAUGUAAAAUGCAAUGUGAAUAUAAAAAAGCCGUAUUA